AUGGUUUCCUUCGCGGUAGAGUCGUACAUCUGGUAUGGCUUUACUGUGGCAUUGGUACUGGCGAGAAUGCUGGCUCGACUCCUCCACUUCAAGUCAAUAUGGCGACUUCAAGUGGAAGACUGGUUGAUGGCAUUUCUCACCGCACUGUACACCAUCUUGAUCGUUUUCCUCAACGUGGUACUCAGAACCUCAACCAAUCUCAUCGAUCCUGCCCAUCCCGUCGAACUCACACCCCACGAGAUCUCCGACCGCAUCUUUGGCUCAAAAGUUAUUCUCCUGGUCGAGCAAUGCAUGUGCGCCGUUCAGUGGGGGACCAAGGCUUGUCUCUUGUUAUUAUACUGGCGAUUGACUCAGAAUUUGCGACAAUCUCUCAUUGUCAAAGGCGCCGCCCUUUACGUCCUCAUCACCUUUAUCGUAAUGGAGAUCCUCUACUUCGGAGUCUGGUGCCGACCAUUUUCCGACUACUGGGCCGUCCCUACGGAGAACAUGCAAUGUCCCACGGCUAUGAACCACUUGAUCACCAACUUAUCUUUCAACCUCUCAAGCGAUGUGUUGAUAUUGUCAAUACCACUUCCUCUCUUACUCCGCGCCCAUCUUGAAUUCAAAAGGAAACUUCUCCUGGUCUUCCCUUUCAGCCUGGGCUUGUUUACGAUGCUUUGUGCCAUUCUCAGCAAACAGUACAGCUUUAAUUCACCUUACAGCUCAACCUGGGUAUAUUGGUACUGUCGAGAAGCCAGCACUGCAAUGAUUGUAUCCAAUAUGCCAUAUAGCUGGGCGCUUAUUCGUCGGGUUUUCAACCUGAAGUCCUUCUUUGGAGACACGUCGGCUGAUCGGAUGCAAACCGGACAGCCAAUGGCCAUCACUGGCUACGCUGAAGGUAGCAUGCCCUUGAGCAAUCCAUUCGGAUCACUCUCUCCCAGUCUACCUCACAAUUCGUCCCGGAAGUUCUCGUGGCCACGGUCUAAACGGGAUCGAAGUGGAAGUAAUAUCGACCAGCCCCCAGGCAAACCGAGAACACAGGGUCAGGAUCAGGAUGCCCAACCAGCCGAUAAGGAAACCUACCUGGAAGCACAUCCGGCCUCGAGCACCAAUAGUAGUGCUGGUUCCGUGAGAAGACCCCCCCAAGCAGCCCCGACAGAUUGGACUAUUGAUCGCCUGUACCCAUUGGAUGAUAUUGAGAACGAGGCGAGCGAUGCGACUCAACGAAGAUACCAAGGGCCUUGA